AGUUUACAAUGUUCAGUUCACAUGUACUUGGACACAUUACAAGAGAGACGGACAGAGAGUUUUGAAAGGACUGAAGACUUUCAGGACGUGAAGUGAAAGUCAGAACGUGAAUGAGGGGAAUUUCUAAUGUCUUACAGGAAUACACAUUUCCUUUGGGAAUAUCAUAUUCACAGCAGGACGUUUCCUAAAAGACUGUGUUUUAAAAUAGCAGUUAUUCUUAGUGUUUGCUAAUAUGGAACUGAAAUGGACACUUCUUCUUUUGGGUCUCGUUCUGCCAUCAUGUAGUGGAUGUGCCAUCGGAUUCAGAUUUGAUAAAAAGAAAUGUGUUGAUGAAGAUGAGUGUGAAUCAUUUGUGAAUCUGUGUGGUGAUCAUUCACACUGUGUAAAUACAGAGGGAAGUUACUACUGCAUCUGUCAUGAAGGCUUUCGAUCCAGAACCGUCAAUUUCACUGUGACAACCGGCGAGUGUAAAGAUAUAAAUGAGUGCAUUGAGAAUGAAUCCGUGUGCUCUGUUCAUUCGAUGUGUGAGAACACCAUUGGCUCUUUUAAGUGUAGGUGCCCUUCUGGGUACCAGAUAACACCUGGAGGAAACGGCACAUGUGAAGAUGUGAAUGAGUGUGAGUCAUCAGUGUGUGGCGCUCACAGCACUUGCAUUAACACGUCUGGCAGUUUCUCCUGCAGCUGUUCUUCAGGUUUCUAUAAACAUGAGAAGAACUCAAACUGUACAGACAUUGAUGAGUGUGCAGACGUUGCCGAUCGGUGCGGCUCACAUGCUAUUUGCAACAAUACUCAAGGCAGCUACAGCUGCAUUUGUCACCGUGGAUACAGUAACUAUGGCAACAAUCAGUCAAAAUGCAUAGAGAUGAACUGUGAGCAAUUUAAACCUGAAAAUGAGACACACCACACACCUGAAAAGCUGAAGAGUUUACUGUCACUGUUGAUGAAGAGCUGCGAGUCUCUGAAUGAUUCAGAUGCCGAGCAUUUCACAGGGGAGCAUUUACUGGAGAAUCUGUGCAUGUCCUCUGAUGAGCUGCUGUCGGAGGGGAAUCUUGUUGACAGUGAAACUUUGAGUCAGUUUCUGGGUGCGAUGGAGAACAGCAUGCGUCUGAUUGGACCACAACUCAAAGAGCCUGUAACCAGAUUCGAGACACACAAUACUCACACUGAGGUGGCUGUAAGGCGUGGUGAAGCUCCUCCCACUGGGAGUGUCAUUGUCAGCACAGACUCCGCCCACUUCAACACCAGCUGGAAAACGGUUGUAGGGAAAUCAUAUCCAGGUUUUGCGUUCGCGGCGCUGGUCAGUUAUAAAGAUCUAAACACAUCCAGAGAUUCUUUCAACAAGAUAAGCCAAAUAUCACAGGAGGAGGGAAACAUUAUUUAUCAACUCAACUCGAGAGUGGUGACAGCCAUCAUCAGUAAUCCAGAAACAAAACACCUGUCUGAUCCUGUUACUCUCGUCUUUAAACACGUGCAGGAGAGGGCGGAGUCUAAGGGCAUGAAAUACUCUUGUGUGUACUGGAAUGAGGCUCAGGGGGCGUGGUCUGGGCGGGGCUGUGUGAGGGCGUGGUCUAACAGCACACAUACAGUGUGUUCCUGCAGUCACCUGAGCAGUUUCGCAGUGCUCAUGGCUCUCUACCCCAUCAAGGACACGUUUGCGUUGGUGUUGAUCACUCGUGUGGGUUUAGUUCUGUCUCUGAUCUGUUUACUGCUGUGUAUUCUGACGUUCCGCUUCUGCCGUUUCAUCCAAGGAACCCGGAACAGCAUCCACCUCCAUCUGAGCUUGUGCCUCUUCAUCGCUGACCUCGUCUUCCUCUGCGGGAUCUCCAGUACUUACAACAAGGGAGCUUGUGCGUUUGUUGCUGGAUUGCUGCAUUUCUUCUUCUUGGCCGCGUUCUGCUGGAUGCUGCUGGAGGGAGUGCAGCUGUACCGAAUGGUUGUCCUGGUGUUUCAGAGCACGCUUAAGCAUCUCUACUUGUAUGCCGUCGGAUACGGAGCCCCUCUCGUCAUUGUGGCUAUCUCUGCAAUUGUGAAUUGGGAAGGAUACGGCACUGAUCGACACUGUUGGCUCUCUCUUGAUAAUUAUUUUAUCUUGAGUUUUUUCGUGCCCGUCUGCAUCAUCAUCAUCAUAAACAGUAUUUUCUUCAUCAUCACUGUGUGGAAACUAGCUAAAAAAUUCUCCAGUCUCAACCCAGACCUCUCCAAACUGCGCAAGAUUAGGAGUUUUACAGUGACUGCGGUGGCCCAGUUGUGUGUUCUUGGAGGGAUGUGGGUUUUCGGCUUUUUCCUCUUUCAGGAAGAAGGAACUCAGGUCAUGGUAUACCUCUUCACCAUUCUCAGCUGCCUCCAGGGGGUGCUCAUGUUCGUCCUGCACUGCCUCCUGUCCAAAACGGUCAGAGGAGAAUACUACAAGCUGUUUAGCAGAAUCUGGCCUCAAAAGUGGAAAGCAGAAUACAGCACCAACCAGUCCAGUAACAGUCAGCAACCGCUACAGGGCAAUGAUAGCACGGGAGAAUCGCAGAUAUAAGAUGCUUGACAUAUCCUGAUGGAUCUUUACCAAUGCUUGACCUGUAAAGACACAUGAAAGCUUUCUACUGAUGAAGACUUCUCGAAAGCUUCAAUUUUGCUGUCAACCGUACCUUUCCAAUGAAGAUCUUGCUUUCUGUGUGUUCAGACAGAAUGUUUCAGAUGUUGGCUCAUCACAUCUGUUACAGGAAGUGGAGUUUUAGGCCUGUCUUAAUGCAUGUAAUGCAAACAAAUAAUGUACAUAGACAACAUGAAUGAAACAUUUGGGCUACGUUUCAUUCAAAGACUAUGGUGAGCUAGCUAUUCAUUGUUGUGCCUUAACAGCUGUGAAAAGUCUUUGAUUUCAGAUAAUACCAAAGGCAGCUUUAUUUUUUCUUCCCAUAAUGAAUGAAUUGCAUUUACACUCCAAAAAGGUUUUUAGCCUAUUUUUAAGAUUUACACAUUUUAAUUGAUUUGUACAAUUCUUUAACAAAAUUGUUUGUUAAAGAUUAUACAAUUCAAUUUGAUGGAAUUUUGUUAUGGAAUUGAAAUGCAUAAAUGUUUACAAAAAAAUCAUCAAAAGAUCGUGCAGACCGUACCGUAAGGCCUAGACACUUUCAGGGAUGGUAGUACUCCGGCUGGCCAGCCAUACGCAUGGAAUCGGCCCAUAGGUGACGCUAUAGUGAACAAAAAAGUAAUAGUAUAUUUUGGCAAUAACUCCUAAACUGUAUGCCAGAGACUCACGUGUCUUAUAUCAAUUUAAUCCUUGGCUCAAGACAAACAAAAUGCCUAUACAUUCCUUCAUGAAUUUUUUUUUGUCUUUUGCGAUUUUUCGUAAAACCUACUUUUUUUUAACUUGUCCUAGACCGAAUGUGCGAUUUGCACGAAAUUGGUCGUGUAUCAUCUAGAGACACUGAUGACAAAAUUAUUUCAAAAACGUUUUAAUAAAGCAAACCAUUUUUGAAUAACUCUUCAACGAAGUUGACCACGAUUGCGCCAAAAUGGGCUUCACAUGGUGGCUGUAACUUCACGACGCUUUUGCAUAUUCACACGAUACUUGGUAUAUGUCAGCGCAGGCAUGACCUGAGGGUACGGCACAGUUUUGGCACAGCGCCACCUAGUGGUCAAAAAAUAUUAAACAUUUAUAUUUUUGCUUAUAACUUCUGAAUAGUUUGGAGUAAAGUCAUAAGAUUGGACUCUGUGGAUUCCUUGGAAUUGUUCUAUGUCGGCUAUAUUGGGCGUUAGCCAUUUUGAAUUUUGCCGUGAAAUGAUCUAUUUUUUUACACGCAUUGGCAUAGCGUUACGAAACUUGGUAUGCAUCUGUGGCACCUGGCCCUGAAGGUCUCUAUAAAGUUCGGAGGCAGCGCUCCCUUGUGGUCAAAAGUUAAAAUGAAAUCUGUAAAAAUGCUUGUUUCAUUAAUUUGGCCCAUCGCCCUGGGAGUGCUCUCGUUUGAUUCCUUCAGUCAUUCCGAGUAUACUGAUACCCAUUUUGCCUUGGUCAACCUUACUUCCUGUCUGCCGUCAGACUUUUUUUACAGACUAAAUGGCUCUUGAACAGUGGCAGCGCACAGAUGAAUUUGAUGGGAAGAUGUCAAAAAGCAUCUCUGGCUAUAAUUCGGUAAUGCUGAGCCCUAUUGACAAAACUUUGUAUGUACUUGUCACCACACUCUGACUGCACCAUACAAAUUUGGUGACAACGCAACCUUUUCAUCAAAAGUUAGAAUGAGUAAUAAAUUAAAUAAAAUAAAUUAAAUUAUAAUACCAUAUUAUUACAUGUGGAAUAAAAGGACCUAUGCUGCUUGAACCCCGUUUAUCGCUACUUGCAUCUAUAUUUGUAUUUGUAUCUUGUAUUGUAUUAUUCUUGGUUGUAAUUUCAUUGUUGCACACUGGGAGGCGUUUGAGCACAUAGAAGGUGCUAUAUAGGUGAGCACAGAGGAAGAGGAAGUACGUUUUUUUGGUGGCGCAAUGGUAGAAAAGUGCCUCAGUUAGUUCCUGGGAGGGUACUCCGCCUUACAGGCUCCAUUUGGUUAGAAUUAGGGUGGAGGCGGAGUUAGGGGAUCUGCUGCCUCCCAGGAACCAAAUGAGGCCCCUUUGUACAAUGGGCUGUUGGUGGGAAAGCACAACAAUUUUUGACUAAAAUGUAGACAUUAAAUGCAUUUUAUUUUGGGUGAAAACUUCUGGAAAACUGUAGAAGCUAUUGUUAUGAAGACCAGAUACCUCAAGUCCUGUGCAUCACAAGUUAAAUAUGAAAGGACAGAAAAACAUUCUUCUAAAUACAGUGUGUCAAGAAAAGCCCAUAAGUUGUUACAUCUUGGCAGGACUUGAGGUAUCUGGUCUUCAUAACAAUACCUCCUACAGUUUUCCAGAAGUUUUCACCCAAAAUAAAAUGCCUGUAUCCAGAGACAACAUUGCCACACAAAGGGAUCUGUAUAGAUGGCCAUAUUUAAACAGUGCCACAAUUCCUCACAUUUGUGCUGAUGUAGGUUUGUUAAUUGGAGUCCAUGCUUCCAAGGUAAAGGAACCCUGUGAGGUUGUAGAUAGUGCUGGAGAUGGACUCUAUGCAGUAAAAGCCCUAUUGGGAUGGGUUGUAAAUGGUCCACUUCGAGGAAGCAGCAACCGUACAGAAAUGGCUGCUCUAAUGUUACUAACAGGAUUUCCAUACCAACUUUAUUAUGUGACACAACUGAACUGUACAGUAAUAGAAGAUGGGAACAAGUCCAGUGUUUAUCCAACUUAUUCUGGAAAAGAUGGGUACAUGAGAACUUAACUUUGCUACAGGAGCGACAGAAGUGGAUUAAAGAAGAAGCUUCAGUCCUGGUGAUAUUGUCAUCAUGGUGGAUUCUUCAGCUCCACAUGGUUCCUGGUUGCUGGGAUGAAUUCUGGAAAUUUGUCCUGACACCUGAAUGGACUUAUGCCAAAAUGAAACCAGCAUACUUGAGAGGCCUGUGACAAAGCUUUGCCUUCUACAUGAAAACACAGACUAACAAAAGGACUGGUGGUAAAGACCAUGUCCCAACAGUGGUCAUGUGCUAGAAACCUCUGACCCGAAGAAAAUUGAUUUAAUGAAAUUACAUUGUAAUGGACUUUAUGGCUCCUUUGUAAUUAUUAAAAUGAAUUAUAAUGUCUGUCUGCCUGCCAUUCACAAUAAGGGACUGGUGUGUAGGAGCCAUUUCUUUAUUUGAUUAUAUUUGUAUCUUGUAUUGUAUUUUUAUUUGUUGAAAUGUCAUUGUUGCACACUGGGUGGCGUUUUUUGGCGGGAAAGAACAACAUUUUUGGACCAUGUUCAUGGCGAACGUGUUAAAGAAUCGUGUUCAUGAGAUUAUGGGAACAGUUCAUUGUGUUAAAGGAGUGUGUAAUGAGUGUCAUAAUGAAUGAACUUGAUUAUAUUUACAUGUGAGUGGAACAUUAAACUGACCUUAUUUCUUUGAACACUUUUUUUAUAAAUAAAGACAUUAACUUUA